GCAAGCUCAGUGGGGCAGCAGUCUCCACUCGGGGGCGCUACAUGACUGCGGAAGAAAAAAUCAAAGUUGGCCCUGGUGAUCGUCCUCUGUAUUUGCACGUCCAAGGGCAGACGAGAGAAUUGGUGGACCGAGCUGUCAACCGGAUCAAAGAAAUCAUCACCAACGGCGUCGUCAAAGCCGCCACGGGGUCCAGCCCCACCUUCAACGGGGCCACGGUGACCGUCUACCACCAGCCCGCCCCCAUUACUCCGUUGCCCCCAGCCGUGGGGCAAAAGACACCCUUCCAGUCUGGCGGAAUGCAUUACGUCCAGGAUAAGCUGUUUGUGGGCUUGGAACACGCCGUGCCCACCUUCAGCAUCAAGGACAAGGUGGAAGGGCCCGGCUGCUCGUACCUGCAGCACAUCCAGAUAGAAACGGGGGCGAAGGUGUUCCUUCGGGGGAAGGGCUCUGGCUGCAUCGAACCCGCGUCUGGCCGCGAAGCCUUUGAACCCAUGUACAUAUACAUCAGCCACCCCAAGCCAGAAGGCCUGGCAGCAGCCAAAAAGCUUUGUGAAAACUUACUACAGACCGUCCACGCCGAAUACUCGCGGUUUGUGAACCAGAUCACCACUUCGAUGCCCUUAUCAGGAUUCACGCAACCGGCAACCAUCGCAACCGUUCCCCCCCAGCCGCCGUACUACCCCCCCAAUGGCUUCCAGGCGAGCUACCCCAUGGCUCCACCCCCUCAGCAGCCUGGCCAGCCUCCUUACGUGAUGCCGGGCAUUGGACCCCCGGCCGUUCCCAUGGCGCCCGGGGUCCUGGCCCUCCCCACCAGCGUCCCACCCGUGCCCACCCAAUACCCAAUUACGCAAGUCCAGCCCGCUGCCACCACCAGCCAGACCCCGCUAGCCAAUCCUUUCUUGCCUGCUGCUCCUGGGAAGAACCCCCUGCCGAGCGGGACGCAGCCCCCAGUGCAGCCCCUGCCUCAGCCGGGUCAAAAGCGGCGAUUCACCGAGGAGCUUCCCGACGAACACGAAUCCGGAUUGUUGGGCUAUCAGCAUGGACCCAUUCAUAUGACUAAUUUAGGUACAGGAUUCUGCAUCCCGACGGAAAUGGAAGGAACAGGCCCGAAGCCAGGAGGUUCCUCAGGAAAGGAGAGAGAGAGGGACAG